AUGCGGGCAUGCGAAGGCUGCCGCCGUCGCAAGAUAAAGUGUGAUGCUGCAACAACGAACACAUGGCCUUGUUCUGCCUGCAAAAGGCUAAAGCUUACAUGUGUUCCCCCGACAAUGCAAUUCGAUAAGGGCUUCCAGACUCAAGCCAUUGAUUUUGGGGACGAUAUUGAUGGCCAUUCUAGUGGCGGCGAGGAAGACUACUUGCCGCCUCAACAACAAGUACCUACACAAGGGUUUCUUCGGAGAUCCACGAGUACGGGAAGUUUACCUCAUUACAUCGGAAGGGACCAUUUCGGCGUAAGGCCGGCAGCGCAACUACAGGUUGCGCCUCACACGUCGUUUAUGCCUGGGUUAUAUAGUAAUCCCGCACAAGCUCUUCCCGUGGAUACCUCUGUGGAUUUCAACCCUAGUAAUCUGUAUACGACGCCCCCGCCGACCAUCCAGCAGCAGAUACCAGGUACCGCGGCUUCGCAUGCGAGUUGGCGGUCCGAGAGUCCUGUUACCACAUUCAAUACCGCAGGGGUCCAGGAAGUUCUCGGACAGUUAAAGAUCGAAGAUACUGGCGUUGCAUCCUACAUCCACUCCCAGAGCCGAGAAAUAGCAGCCCGCCCAGCAGUUGAUGAAACGCUAGAGGAUUACGAAAUAAACCCGAUCUUCAAUCCUGGUAUCCAUGACUACGCCGUUCGCAUACCGCCAGAAGAAAUGCCGACUGACGAAGAGGCCCUUGCUCUUUUUGACAUCUUCUUCACCGACGUACAUCCCUAUCUUCCUGUCGUGAAUAAAAACGCAUUCUAUCGACAAUGGCAUGGAACCCGUCACUCAAUAUCACCGUUGUUGUUGGAAGCGAUACUCGCUUGUGCUGGAAGGAUAUCUAAUAACCCUAAAGUUGGACUGAAGUGGUUGAAUAUGGCUUCGAAACAUUUGGAUUGUUUUUUCGAUGUACCACGGAUAAGCACAAUCCAAGCUUUGUUGCUUUUACUCAAGGCGAGAGAAAGUGCGCCACAGCGCGGAUACUUCUUUAGGUCUUACAUCUCAAUCGUAACAAUGAUCGCGAUGGCCCGAGAUUUGGGACUCGACAAACAUGCCGACUUGCACAAGAACGGAUCGGAAUGUCUUGACAGUCCUUUAGAAUGCCUUACUAAGACUAAGGUCUGGCAGGCAUGCUUUAUGCUAGAGUUUAUGGUCUGCGCGCCUCAAGGUCGUCAUGUAAUGGCUAGUGAUCCUAGUACAAUCGACAUUCCGGCCUCAUCUUCUGUCCUGGACAUGAGUGAGAAGGAGCUUACGGUUCAUAUGAACUUCUCGUACUUCUUCGAACUCUUGAAGCUCAUCCGUCGUAUCAACGACGUUUUCGCGAGGUUAAAGGCUACUGGCGCGAAUUGGGCUGGCGAUCCGGAAUUUCUCCAAUGCGGCCCUAGUUUCGAUAAUUGGCUGUAUACGCUACCGCCACAUCUCCAAAUCGAUGUCCCCACUGAUCCUAACAUGCCAAUGGAACCCGUGCUUACUCAUUAUGCGGGCAACUUGUUAAUUUAUGGAUAUCUCGCAAGAAUUAUGUUCCACCGUCCCGCCCUUGCUUUUGCAAGGAAUUUCACGGCUACGGGACAAUGGAGGAUGCAUCUGAGAGCUUGUUACGAUUCGUCGAGAAAAGCUUGUAGAUUGACUGAAGCUGUUAUGGAUCAGUAUGGGAUCCGAGGGUUGCAGUGCAUGCUUCGAGGGAUCAACUUUACUAUCUACGCCAUGUUGACUUGCACUAUGGUUAACCUGGUUGCUGCGACUUGUCCAGACCAUGAGUUCAACUCUGAUGCUAGAGAGUACUUUAGCCGCGCUAUGCGUAUUCUUGAAGUUUGUAUAGACAUCUCCGCGAGUAUGGAAACCCGAGCCCAAAUUGAAGCUUUCCGUGCCGCCUUCUCGCAAGAUAUUACACAACCUUUCGUCUUGAACUCGAAUUUCCCAUUUUACUCAUCACCAAGCACGCAUCAAAUGUCGCCUGCUGCAUCCGCAGGAUCAUACUCGCCUGUUGAUAUUACUAGAUCGCCGUUGUCUACUAGUCUUAGUGCACCUAUUAACCCAUCAAGGGUUACAAUUUCCCCGCCAAGCUCGGAGAGAGGAGAAUCACCGAAUCCAACUUUGAUGAUGAUGCAACAGAAUACACCACCGGUUGUGCAGCCGGUGCCGAGGAAGUCGAUGCAUCAUGGCCCGGCGCAAGAAGGGUGGAAUCCACAAAGGAUCUUUGAACACUGGAAUACUGGAUUCCCUGGUUUGGCAUCUGCACCUCUACCACCAUCAACAUUGCCAACAGUGCCAGAGAAUGGAUUGGUAGAGGGACUAAUGCCCCCGACGAGCACGUACUUCCAACCAUCAAUACCGGUUGUUACGCCAGAUGUGUGGCAGAAUACUGUCGCGCAUGUGUUCGCGGGGACAAAGCGGUCGUGGCAGUAUGCUAACCAGUGA